UUAUCAGUUAAAAAAAAGAGAAAAAUAUCUCUGAACUAAACAUCCAGGUAGAUAAUAAGGUAGAGAGAUACAAUGGAAACUUGAAACUGAGUCUACCGAUUUACUAAAUGUUUACCAGUCGUUAAGAAAAACAAUUUGUUUUAGGAGCUAACUGUCUCACAAGAAGGAAAUGCGCGCAAAACGUCCCAUUUUUUCUAUUGAAUAUGAUAUGUAUUUUAUUCUAAGCAUAGUUAUAGUGAGUAUCAUCCUUAUUCAGCAAAAUUCUGCACACAUUAUUCAAUUAUCCACUGUUCAAGAUAAAUUUAACAACGUAACUUGUGAUACAAUAAAUGACUGCUCUGCUUACAAUGGAUCUAUCUGCAAUAGUUUUGGGUUAUGUGAUUGUCCUCAGGAUAAAUCAAUAUUUGUGAACCUCACACUUCAAGGUUAUUGCUUAGAAUCAUUCAACCUGACUGGAAGUAAUUGCACUUUUGAUCAACAAUGUUUUUAUAGUCAGGGAGCAUGCAGGGAACAGAUAUGCCUUUGUAACGACGAAUUUGAAGCAGUUGAUGGAUCUUGUAUAAAAAAAAAGAAUAUCAUAAUACCUAUAGCAGUAGCUUGUGUGAUUGCAAUAUCUUUAAUCAGUACUCUAUGCGUAUACUUUUGGAUGUCAAGAAAACAGAAAAGUAAAAUGUGAAGACUUCAUAACUUCCGGAUAUUUGAAUAAAAAAUGACUUUUGCUCACUUUUCUUUCUCAAUAAGUAGGGUGGCCAUAAACACUCAGGGGAAAAAAAAUCCCCGACUCUUGUAACCGAUGGCAUAAAUUAUAUUUGAUUUUAUUUAUUAAUUUUCAAGUUCUUUUUCACUUAUAUAAAACAUAUUACAGGACACUUUUACCUGCUAUUGUACUUAAAAAUAUGGUAAACUCCCGAUUAUCCGCUGGCGGAUCAUUCACACUUUUUUUGGCAAUGAUAAAGAACAUAGCAUUUAGAAUUGAAAAAUAAAUUAAUUCAUAGAGAUGGAACUAUUUAAAGAAUUUUGAGAACAACUCACAAGCAAACAUUCAUGUUCGUAGCCCAAGUGUUAACAAUUAAUCAAAUAUUGGGUCGGCAUGAAAACAUUGCAGCUUCAAGUGUACCUGAGUAAUAAGGAACACUGAAAGGGUGAAAAUGGCGAGACAUUCAUAAACAGCAAGACAAUGUAAGCCUAGAAUUGCAGCUGUCGAACUACAAAUGCAGGAUGAAGUUCAAAUUUCAAUGAAUAGAUUCAGCACCCAUCAAUGCAGUUUCUUCUCCUGGAUCGUAUUGUUAUUAUUCAAAGCAAUUAUAAUGGUAGCAAGUAAAAAAAAUUUAGUUUUCUCCAUCUUGCCUUCAUAUGAUGAAUGGGAGUCACGGUCAUUUAUUUUGUCAACAUGUAAGGCAUUCUUGGAACUCUUAUCAGUUUUAAAAUUGAUAGUUAAAAAAUGUGGGUGGUCCUCACACAACACAUAUUCUCCUGAAGAACACAUAUUCUUCCUGACUAAAUGAAGUAGGGCUUUGAAUAAUUUAUGGGCCAUAUGCAUGAUUUCAGAAUAGUUGUCAGUUGCUUAUCUUUAGUUUUGGUACUGAUUAGAGUUUCUAAAAGACAUGUAUUCACCUUAAGUUUUAACAGAUAUUUAAAUUUAUAUUUAAAAAAAUUGAUUACGUGUACUUUUUUUAAGCGGUUUGCUGAUUACCUGCGAAUUUACUUAUUCUCGCUUUGUGAGACACUCAAUUCCGCGGAUAAUCGGGAUAACUUAUUACGCGAAGGAGCUAAAAACAUAUUACGUGAAAGGAAACAAUAAAAUGUUUAAUGGACGACAUACUUCGUUUUUCUUUAAGAGCAAAAGUAAUUGGUAGUUCAUUUAAGGAAACAUUUGUUGGCAGUUAGUUAUAUGUUUAUGAAGAAAUACUGUUUUCUUAACAUUAAAGACAAAUAUUUUUGAUAGUGCAAUGCUUUCUAAUAAAUCACUUUUUGCUAAAAUUAAAAAUUGAUCAAAUUUGUCCGUAAUUUAAUAAAUUUAAAUAUAUUUAUGAGUUAAAUAAACUUUUAUUAAGAUGUCUAUCUAUUAAUUCCAAGUUCUCCAAUAUAUCCAAGUUCUGAAAAUUACUUCAAGAAAGUGUAACUAUUCUUUGGGAAUACUCAUAUUAAGCUCAACCCAUAUUUCCCAGUUUUACCUAAUUUCAGUGUUGUGUGGUGACCCUGGUUUCAUAUAGAGCAUGAAGAUCUGAAUCUUUUGAAAGAUGCUAAGUGUUUGGAGAGUGGCUAAAAUUUGAAUUCUAACAUAAGUCAAAUUUCUCCCAUUUUUAGAAGUUGCGAUUUGACGACAAAUCAAUACAAUUACGUUGAUGCAAUUUCUGUUAAUUGUACAUAUAAUGUAUCAGUACAAACCAAUAAUCCAAAAAGAUAUUCUUCGAAAUCUUUAUAAAUAGAAACAAAUAUAAAAAUUCAUCACUUUUAAAAUCAAACAUUUGAGGACAGUUGCCAAACAGAGGGACAGUUGAAGGAAACUCCGAGAGAAGAUCGGUGAAGAAGAAUGUAAAAAUUGCACCGAUCUACAUUGGAAAUGAGGAUGCAACAAAGUUCCAAAGCAACAAACGAUAUAUUAUAUAUCUAUAUUUCUUUUUUUUACAAUUCUUUUGCACUGUGCGAAAAUAGGCAAUUGAAACCGAAAUUUAUUUUAUACUAAUAUUUUAUUAAAAAAAAUUCGUUUCCGGGAACAUUUUACAUUGGCGUUCUGAUUUAGCCAUUUUUAUAUUAAAAGAAUCUUAAUAUUUUUAACUUUGUAAUUUAGAGCGAAGAUUUUUUCAAUAUAACAGGUAGUAAACAUAGUUUUUGAUAAGCUAUUUUAUUUAAGCUGCUGUAAUUGAAACAAGAUUAUUUCGCGAAAUUUAAAACUUGAUCAAUAUAAUGACAAUUCACAAAAUUGCGGUACUUAAUGUAGAAUAACCCAGAAUGAAAUAUAUUUUAUCAUUACUACUAAUUUUCUCUUCUGCAGAGUUACCCUUUGCAUUCUUGAUCAUCAAUUUUCUCAUAUGCAUAGUUCACAGUAGUAAUUUUUUAUUUAUUUGAAGAUUAUUUUUUUAUUUAAUUGAUAUUUUUUUUUGAAGAAAAUAUCAAGAUACAGAUUUUGAUAUUUAUUUGAAGCCAUGUAAUGUACUGAACAAGUUGCAAGACUAAUGUUGGUAAUUAAGUGGUUUAUCAGGCUCAUGCUAUGUAUGAAUCACGUGAUGUAACGAGAAACAUGUUUAUAGUACUAAGUAUAGAGUGUGUUAACAUAUUAAAGAAAAUGAAAAGUCA